AGAGCCAAGGCGAAGGCGAAGGCGAAGGCGAAGGGCGACGAUGCUUCGAAUCUCGGGCUUUUCUGAGCGCCUCUCCUCGGCUCACUGAACGCGGCGGCGACCCGAUGAAAGGCCAAGGAAGAUGAACGCGACGAGCCUCUACGUGACCACUUGCCGGCUGGUCAUGCAAGCAGAGCCAGAGAACCGCGAGAGCUGGACAGAGCUGUAUAAGUUGCUGCCUUACCUGCGCCAGUCCCUUUCGUGUACCGUCUGCGGCCAGCUGCUGAGCGAGCCCUUGACCCCCACGGAAACCACCUGCCAACACCAUGUGUGCAGGAAGUGCCUUGGGGGCAAGAAGAGGCUCAAGCCCACCUGCAGCUGGUGUAAGGACUAUGGCAUGUAUGUUGACAAUGUCCAGAUCAAGCUCAUCCUGCAGUGUUACAGGAAGCUGUGUGAGUACAUCAAGUUCACACCCAUCUACUGCAAGCUGUGCUCCAUAUAUAACAAUGGUGGGCAGUUCAGCCUGACGGACAUGAUAGACGAGGCCAUAGGGAACAGUGGCACAGGCAGAGGCGAUGAAUCCAGUUCCAAUAGUGUGCAGUGUGAGAGUGAGAGUGAUAGCAAAGAAAAUAUCUCAAUACCUCAAACAAGUGGAGCGAAUCUGCUCAUCACACCUGUAAAUACCUCCCAUAGUGUUACUCCUAAACAGCAGCAGUCAUGGCCAAUUUCCACGCAGGCGCCCACCCUGGCACAGCCUACUCCGACACAGCCUACCCCAACACAGCCUACCCCAGUACAGCCUACCCCGGCACAGCCAGCCCCACCCGCCCUACCAGCCCCACCUGCCCUACCAGCCCCACCUGCCCUACCAGCCCCACCUGCCCCACCCUGCCCUACCAGCCCCACCUGUCCCACCUCCUCCACCCUCAACGGUAAACCUUGGGUUGGUCCAUGUUUCUUCUCCUCCACCUGUCAACUCCAUAGCACAGCCAGUUUCCUGUCAUCCAUCUGGCUCUGUCAACACUGUCAAGUCCGUAAUUCCCACCCCAGCACCUGUGAUGCAACAAACCACGCAGCAUUUUCAACCGCAGGCCGUUGCAACGACAUCUGUGUGACGUCCGGAUCAGGUUUGGUACCAGGUACAAUAUUCCCAAGUACAAAUAUUGUUAAGCACAGUGUUAUUAAGGAAGCACCUUACCCAAAACACAAUUCCUCAGUGAACAAUGGGUCCUCCAUGUACUCAGUAAUGUAUGCCGAUGGUGAUAGUACAAAAAUAACCAUCAAGAGGAAGCCUCCAGAUAUGGAGAGUACGAAUAAAAGUGUUCCCGUCGAGCCAGAAACUAUAGCGCCUUCGACGCAAGAACUCAUUAAAAAACCUAAACCUAAGCCUAAACCAAAACCAAAGCGGAAGGGAUGUCGUUGUGGUAAUGCAACACCUACACCUGGGAAGUUGACGUGUUGUGGGCAGAGAUGCCCAUGCUAUGUGGAGGCCAAGGCCUGCAUUGAGUGUCGGUGUCGUGGAUGUCGCAACCCACACCGGCCAGGUGGGAAGAAGGUGCGGCCGGUCAUACCUCAGCUUGCCAACAUCCAGAUUCACCAGGUGCAGCCUGUGCAUGGGCGCAGUUCGGCCUCUUCAAUAGUGUCGGGGACAACCACCACUAGCGCCAGCAGCAUUAUGCAGACACCUAUUUCCUCAGCCACCAUAACAAACACAACGCUACCACAAACGAUAAGAGCAGUGCAGGCAAUGCAGGCUGUACAGGCAGUGCAUGGUGUGGGUACAAUGCAGGCAGUGACUGGUGGUGUACAUCAACUGAUAAGUUUAGGAAGGGGGGUUGUACAGGCACCAUUACCGCAGGGGCUAGGAGUGCAUCCUGUGGCGGGCCUUGCAGUGAAACCCGUAAGUUUGGCCCUUACCUCUGUUCCCACACAGCUCCUGAUUAAUGAUGACAGAUCCACAUCCAAUAGUGCUUCAGACACAAGUGAUGUUGAGGUGGACAUAUAGCACAGGUACAACAAAUUGUGAAUGUUUUUUUGUGUUUUUUUUUUUUUUUGUGAGUAUAUGGAAAAGAGAAAGAACUAUUUUUAAAAGUAUUUUGAAAUGUUUGUUCAGAAUGCAACUAAAGCAAAAUAUAGAAAAAAAAAGUGCAGAAAACAAAGAAAUUCUGGAUGUGAAAGUGUGUUUGAAGCCAAAAAAGGGAAAUGAGUGAUCAAAAGAAAAUUUUCAAUGCCAGAUGUCAUUUUUUUUUCUCUUUUUUUCCAAGUGAACAUCUCUUACCUCUUAUCAGUAUUUUGUUCAACAUUCCUUACUUUGAGGCAGUCUGCUGUUUUAUUGUAUCUCAACAAGUAUGUUUAAGCCUGUUGUAGCCUAGAUAUAUGUAUCAGGUUGAUUUUAUUCAGUAAUUUCCAAUGACUUGGUAAUAUAAUUGUUGUCUUAGAUGAGAAUUAAAUUUUUAAAAAUUGUACUCAACUUAAGUUAUGCUAAAUCUGUACCCGGUGAGACACAGAAUGGAUUGGUCAUUUGAGUACCUUAAAUUAUUAAAAUACAUUUUGUGACAAUUUUUAUAAUAUAUUAAUUAUAUUUCAUUUUUAA